CGAGAGCGGUAAAACAAACAACAACCGAAAAAACGGCAGCAGAGCAGCAAAAGAGAUGGCAACCAAGGGCGUUGGGAGCUUCUUGAAGAAGGCCGCACGCGGCCGCGUCGUGAGCGAGAGGAACCUUGCCACAAAGGAGACGAUUACCCCUGAGGAAGUCCUCGGCCUGCAAGCUCCAACCACACAGUUCCUGUGCGAGCCGUCAGCCAACAUCUAUGGCAUUGAGUUUGUGGCCUUCAAGCUGCGAGACAUGGAAAGUGGAAAUGUGCUGGUCAACCUCGGCCCUGGCAUCCCCGAUUCUGAAGCUAUGGCUGUGGUUGGCGCGGACAAUAGCGGGCGCUUCGUGCGAUACCAAUUUCGACCCGACUUCUUCGACCUCAAGUCUGUCGGCGCAAGCGUGACGUUCUGUGUUGGCGAUAAGCCUGUGCCCAACUUCCGCAUGAUCGAGCGCCACUUCUUCGGCAACAAGCUGAUCAAGAGUUUCGACUUUGACUUUGGAUUCUGCAUUCCAGAGUCCACCAACACGUGCGAACACAUCUACGAGCUGCCCAAGCUCCCUAAGGCUGACAUCGACGCCAUGAUUGCCACGCCAUAUGCCACCAAGUCUGACAGUUUCUACUUUGUUGACGGGAAGCUCGUCAUGCACAACAAGGCAGAGUAUGCCUACGACGGGACCUUCUAGCUGCUGUCGCAUGCUGUGCAGUGGCAGGAGUGCUUGAGUGUGCAUCCUUGUGUGGCUAUGUUGCAGUGUAUGGGUGGUGGAUCGAUUGGUUUGCAUAGAUCUGUGUGUGUGUGCGUAUGUGUGUGUGUGUGUGUUCGUUCGCAGCUGUGGUGGAUUCACAUUGCAGUGUGCAAGACGGCUGCUGUCGUGGUGCGGUGGAGCUCUCAGAAAAGCACUGCCGUGUGCUACAUCGGAGUGUGCAUGUAUGUGUGUGCGUGUGUGCGAAACUUAACUUGAGUGUGAAUGAGAAGUGUUUUUGUAGUGCGUGCGUGUGCACAUAGUGUUAAAGGCAGGACAGGUGUGUCCUGAUGACAGUAAAGACACGUCGCUCGCUCAAUACAUCGCUUCGACCAC